AUGUCUCCUCAGCGAUUAGACACUUUUAAAAAAUGUGUUAAGGCAGAAAAGAUCAAAAGCAAAGCAUUCAUAGGUAUAGAUGUGGCUACAAGAUGGAAGUCGACUUGGGAGAUGUUAGACAAGGAAGAAAAAUUUGAGAAGCCGUUUAACAGAUAUGAUGUGGAUGACCCAAAUUAUAAAAAUGAUAUGGGUGAUGAUGCUCCUAGAGUUAGUGACUGGAACUACGCGAGACAAUUGGCAAGUGUGUUAGAAUUGUUUCAGCGUAAAAUUGCCAACGCUUCUGCUACAAAAACAGUUACCGUUAAUUUAUUUUUUAACGAGGUUAUGGAUAUAGACAAGCAUUUAAGGAAGAUGAAAGACGGAUCUGACUUGGAAGGUAAACUUAUGGGUGCUAAAAUUCACCUGAAGUUCGACAAGUACUGGAGAAAUCUACCGACUGGCAGAUCAUUUAAUUACAUUCUGUAUUUUGCUGCAAAUUUAGAUCCGAGAUUAAAGGUUCGUGUUAUUCAGUUUGGAUUUGAGAGAAUAUUCAGGGCUGAAAAAAAAGACGAUGAGACAGAAGAUGACUUGAAGAAACGAGUUAAAAUUGUAGUUAAUAGUAUAAAGGAUGAAUUGAAGCUUUUGUAUGAGCAUUAUGCAUCAAGCAGUGAAAAACAAGGUUCAGAUAAAGUUUCACCAAGUCAGGAGAACUCUGAACCAUCAUCACUAGGAGAGAGUGACUUUUUUACAGAAUUUAAAGCGGAUGGUGGUUCUACAUCUUAUAACACCAAGUCAGAACUUGAGAGGUACCUAGACGAUGGAGAAGAGGCCCAUUACAAGGGAUUUGAUAUUCUGGGUUGGUGGAAGGUUGCAUCUUCAAAAUACCCUGUACUAGCGAAAAUGGCGAAAGAUUUUCUUCCUAUCACUAUAGACAUAUUGGCUAUCCUGGUAUCCAGUGUUGCUUCUAAGGAGGCGUUUAGUACAGGCGGAAGAGUUGUCGAUACUUAUCAAACUACUUUAUCAACUCCGAUUAUCGAGGCAUUAAUAUGUACAGAGGAUUGGAUUCGUGCAUUAAUUAAAAAGAAAAUCUACAUCGAAGAUUCGGUUGAGUUCGAUGACAUUGGAAAAGAAAUUUAUGAUAAAGUGGAACCGGAUCACAUGAAUAUCGAUGUCGAUUAA